AUGGGGAGUCAUCAACUAGCUCUGCCGCUUCCGCCUGACUAUGCGAGUGGCGUGGUUCAAGAAUCGUAUUCCUUUUUUAAUUCCGCUUCACGAUCCCAGUGCGACGUCCUAAAUGACUAUUUAGAUGAUCUUUGCGCCUUCUUGCAUAAGUGCCGGCUUAUUCAAUGGCACCCGGAUGAUUUUUUUAACAUCAUUGGUGGUGAGCCUUGGCGGAGAGAGGGAAAAUACCUUGACGGCAAAUCGAUUAGCGUGGCAGAGGUGGACUAUACUGUGCGCUUGUGCAAUGGACUCAGCUCCGUGCUGAAUCGCGAGGACUGCAUGGCGCAGAUGCGCUUGCUUCUACAGGAGGGCCCACCACCUGAGCUUUCGGGCGAGGACGCGCUGCAGUCUUUCUACGCUACCACAAGGCGCCUCAUGCUAAACCGUCAGCGACGACUUGAUAACGACGCGGCAAGCCUGACGUUGCGGGAAAGGCUGGGCACCGACGGAGGCGAAUCUUGUGGAAACGCCUCCCGAAGCUAUGGUUGGCGGGAGGACGCGGCCACCCCAGUUCCGCAUGGUCCCUCUGCUGCCGCGGCGGAGGGCGCCGGCCAUCACGUGAGGGAUCUGCCGCGCAGGCGUCGAAUCCUUGAGGUGGUCCUAUCCCACGGCAUGAGCUCCAAGAAGCAACAUGAGGUGGCCAUCAUGACCGACACCAUCGCAGACCUCGUGGAUUGCUGCGGGGGGUCUGUCCACCGCGAGCAGCCAAAACCGACGGAUGCCACGGACGCGAUGGCGGUGCACACGGUGAUCAACAUUGGCGAGGGCAAAGGCUACGUCUCGCGCGCCCUUGCGCUCUGCGACCGACUGCAGGUGGUGGGCAUUGACUGCAAUCCUAUGCACAAGGAGGGGAUGCCAAAACUAACGGAGAAACUCCUGGAGAGUGGCCUCAGCCUACAGAAUGGGGAGUGCGGGAGGGAUAUGCUUAACCUAAUGUACGAGCCACGUGGCCUCGUCGCGAGCGUUGCGUGUCGCUUAGAAUCCUCUGCGGUUAAAUGGGACCAGAUACUUCACGGGUACGUGGACAUCACACGUGAUAGUGAGGCUGCUUGCUUGGUCGUUCCUACACGCAACGAGGAAUGGCAAGAAGCUGCGGAGGGACGCAGAGGUUCACAGGAUGACUGCGUUAGCAGGGGGGUGGUGCCCACCCAAAGUUUCUCCAAAGGGCUCCAUCAAACCACCGGCAAGAUCCGCUGUAAGCUAUGCGGCAAGAUCAUGCGCUUGACAGGUGUUACUGGCAUUUUGAAGCAUGUAAAUCAGCAUUUGAGGAACAACCACAAAGUGCUGUCGUCUUCGUCACCGUCUUCGCUUUCUGUUCGAUCGCCUGACGGCGAUGAGGUAGUGGGGGACAUUGCGACAGGGGGGGAAUUUCCGAGCAGGGAUACUGUAAAUCAGUGGAAUGUGGAGCUUCCGCAGGCAGAGUUUGCGGCGCGACUGGCGCACUCAUUUUUCACCAUCUCGGACACCAGCAAACGCGGCGCAUCGCCGACGACAGUAACUACGGGUUCGGAUCCAACCGCUACGUUCUCCAAGACGGGGUGCGACAGGGACGUGCCAAGAGGCGUCCCAUCCACAUCGGACGUGGAGUUCGAGGUGCUGCACCUUCCACGGGGGAUGCGCGCCUCGGUGUGUGUAGCGCGAUGCCGAGUACCGUAUAAUACCGGCCAAACUGACGGGGCCGCUUUCACGGAUGGGGCUUCUGAGGGAGAGGUCCAAUGGGCCUACGCCGACGCAAUGCUGACGGUGGUCGGCUACGACGACGCCACGGGCCGGCAUCGGGUUAUCUUCGAUGAGGAGUCGAAAAAACAAAGUUACCUGCUAUUGCGCUACCCAUCCGGUGGAUUAUCGUUAGGCUCUGCGACAUCCAUGGCGUGCGGGGCUGAGGGCGAAUCAGCGGCGGCGCCUCGUCGGAUUCCUCAUGUUGCGCCCCACGUGUGGGCAAAGGCGAGACAGGCGCUCGUGCACGAGGUGGUGCCGAUGGCGUCCUUGCUCAGGUACCCCCUACUCCUCCCCUCGCUUCGCAAUGCGGUGAUCGCCGGGCUGCACCCGUGCGGGGACCUGGGGUCGAACGUGUGCCGCAUCUUCGCGGAGAGCAAGGCGCGCGGGCUCGUUCUCGUGAGCUGCUGCUGGCACGCACUGACGCGCGGCGGGUUCCCACUUAGCGAGGCCGUACGGCAGCGUGGAGUGGCGAUUGACAAUAUCUCUCUCCUCCUCGCGACGCAGCCGUUUGACAAGUGGGCGACGGCCUCCUCUGAGGGCCACCACAGCUCCGCCAAGGUUCUCUUUUUUCGCAGUUUGUUGAGCACGAUUUGGGCUAACUGGGGCUUAGCCUGGCCUACCUCCGCAGAGGCUCUACGGUGCCACGAGGCAUGUGAGAGACUCCAAGAGGCAUCAAGCUCGUCGCCGACCUUGACGCCAGCGGUCCCCUUUUCCCCAUGCCCAUUUGCACCGCUUCCACAUCUCGAACCCGCAUUAUUGCGCCACAUCACGAAGGUGAAGGAUACGUUGUCUUUCAGUGAGUUUAUUGAUCUUGUCAUGCGGGAGUAUAUUUACGUGGACACGGCGAAAAGUACGGAAUAUACCUGGCAGACCACCGUGUGCGGGGGAUGUCGUCAACAACAAGAGCUUUUCCUUCGGGCAUCCAUGACGGUCGCCGUGGAAACAGGACACCAUUAUUAUCAAAAACACUUUGGAGCCUUUCUAGGGUUCACUGUGCUUCGCAUCUGGAUGUCCCACCUCACGGAGAGCCUUCUACUUUUGGAUCGUGCUUUGUACCUUCAUGAGGCUCUUUCUGCAGGAUCUGGGGAUCUCACGUCAUCGUGUGUGUCUUUAGUACCACUGUUUGAUGGAUUCAUUUCGCCUCGUAUGUACGGUAUCCUAGCACGACGAUUUUAAGAGUGUCGUAAUCUAUUUGUUAUUGGACCCUAAUCCAGUUUAAUUUCUAUAAGGGGAAAGUAUAUGGUUAACUCAACCCACUGCAUUUGUGUUUAGUCUCUUCCUUAUUGAUUUGAUGAGGGUAUUUGCAUGUGUUUCUACUGAUCGGCUAUUUCAGCCUUGGAUUCGUGUUUUGGUUAAUGUGCGGCGUAAAAGUCAACCUGCACACCUUCUAUCUCAUAAUUAAAACUAUCUAAUAAGGACUGCACUAAGUUACCAAAUACGAAUUACUAAAUUACUUACAAAUUUAUAAAUAAAUAUAAAUAUAAAUAUAUAUAUUAUUUACUUAUAUCCGGACUUUUUCCAUAAAAGAGAAAAUAGCAUUAGCUUUUACAUCUGAUAUUUUAUACUACAAAGGCUUUGUCAUUUCGGUAAUCCUUUUCUUUUCUCCCACGGCUUAGAAGGCUGAAUAACGCUGCCUUUUUUGUCAUUAAGCCCGUUUUUGAUAAAUAAUUACAAUUUUUGAAGUAUAUUUUCAUAUUGUUUAAUCGGGUUAGCUGCUAUUAUUUUUAAUCUCUGCGUUACAUUACACUGACUAGCGAAUUAACAAGUUCAUUUUUAUUUUAUUAUAAAGUCUUAGGUGUUUUUUUUCACCAUUUUUUAUUACAAUACACGACUACCGGGUACGCACAUUGAGGAGCGUAAGCUUUUGCUUGAAUCACAGUGAUCAUUAUAACAAAGGCUUAUUCUCUCGCAUUAAGUGGAGUUCUUUUCAGACCAAACAUAACUAGACGAAUUCGUUAAGAUAGAG